AUGCUUGUUCUCAUCCCAGGAGUCACUGGCAAUAUCGGCCUGCAUCUCCUUGAUAGCUUGACAUCUCGUGGACACCAGGUCCGUGGGCUUGGUCGGUCCGCUCGCAAGCUAACGGACGACCAGCGGUCUAAGCUUGAUUCUUUCGUGGAGAUUCGGAACUAUUGGGAUGUUGAAGCUCUUGAAAAGGCCUGUGCUGGGGCUGACGCUAUCAUCUGUGCCUAUUCUGGCACGCCAGUCAUGCACUUGGACGCCCAAUUGCUCCUUCUACGGGCUGCAGAGCGAGCUGGCAUCACCCGGUUCCUAGCUGCGAGUUGGAAUUGCGACUGGAGACAACUUCAACUAGGCAUGCACCAGAGCUAUGACGCAUGCAUCGCUUUCUCCCAACAAGCCAAGCUUAGUUCGAACAUCAAGCCAAUCUGGCUUUUGACUGGCGGCUUCACCGAGGUUUACUUCUCUGUCCCCGGCCAUGGCAACUUCUCUCCUGCCAACAAUGGUCCAUGGGAUCCGGAGAAAAAGACUAUUGACAUCUGGGGGACUGGCAACGAGAAGUGGGACCUUACCACAGAAAAGGACGCAGCCGAGUUCUCGGCUGCGGUCAUUGAGCGUGAUGACGCUCCCGAGGGUGGCUUCUGGGAGUUGUGUUCUGGGUCUUAUUCGCCUCGGGAAAUCGCCAAGAUAUACAAGGAGGUCAAGCGUGUUGAAAUCGCCUUCAACCAUCGAGGUAGUCUGAACGAUCUGAGGAAGCUUGCGUACUCCUUGAGGGAGCAGAAGCCCUACUCUGACUAUUACAGCUUCAUCGGCUUGUUCUAUCAGCUCUUCCAGCUUGAUGGAACCUACUCACUGAAGAAUCUUGACAACCAUAAAUUGGACGUCAAGACCACGUCUUUGGAGGACUUUCUUCGACAAAAUCCGAGUAUUUGA